AAUGAAUCAGACAUAGUAUGAUGAUAUGAGACUCUAUCCUUGCAGUAAUUGUGGGGAUCACUAUCCUUAUUGUUUCAUUUCUGAUCAUUUAGAAAGUUGUUUAUAAGAGAACUUAUAGGUUGAUUGUAGAUAUUGUGGGGAGACUAUAUUGGAGAAAUUUAUGCAGGAUCAUCAAUAGAGUUGCAAAGCAUAUGCUUUGUAGGAAACAGAGGAUGAUGUUUGUGAAUUUUGUUAAGAGAAAAUAUUUAAGAAAUUUAAAUAGGACCAUUAUUAGGAUUGCCCAUUGAAACAAGUAGCUGACGCUUAUUAAUCAUACAAGGCUUAAGAAUGUCCAAUUUGUUUAAUAGAAAUUGGUCCUGCUGAUUAAAAAGGACUUCUAUAAUGUUGCCAUUUAUUUCAUUAAGAAUGUCUUUAAUAAUGGCAAAAAAAAAGCCUAGAAUGCCCAGUGUGCAGAUAUAGUUGA